GUAGUGUUUAUAUCUCUGUCAGCUGGGGAAGCGGAGCGGUUAGUUACUCCGUUGAGUCGUGACUUUUAUUCGACUUUUUGGAGAGGAACCGAGUCUGGAUGCGCACUGAGUGACAGAUGAAGACGUUUAUUUCAGAACUCUGAGACUUUUCCGCUCUUUAAUUUCGUCUUGAAGGAGUGAGAAGGUUUUAUAUCUGAAGAGAGAGCGCGAGAGAAGCGUGUAAAUGACCUGCAGAUCAGAUUGGAUCGGAUUUAUUCCUUACUUUUCUCGGCCACCCUCCUUCAUCAGUAUCCUCCGGGGGGGGUACUGACCUGGACAUGGACGACAUGGGAGCUUCCUACUUGGCCUUUAACGAUUUUAACAGUAAUGGUGGCUCGCUGUGGGCGGAGUCACUGGCCCAUCAGGAGCAGCAGGAGGUGGAGAGCUUCAGGAGGAAACUCAAAUACUUCUUCAUGAACCCCUGCGAGAAGUACCGAGCUCGUGGAAGGAAGCCAUGGAAGCUGAUGCUGCAGAUCAUCAAGAUGGUCAUCAUCACCAUCCAGCUGGUGUCUUUUGGCCUGAGUAACCAGAUGGUGGUGACAUUUAAGGAGGAGAACCUGAUGACCUUCAAGCACCUGUUCCUGAAGGACUACGCCGAUCAUGACGCUAAAGCCUACGCCGUAUACACUCAACAGGAGGUCUACACACACCUGUCCUACAUCGUACAGCAGUUCCUGCGUUUGCAGAACAUAACGGUGGGGAACCACGCGUACGAGAAGGACGGUCAUCUCUACACUCCUCUACUCAUCUGCCAGAAGAUCUACCACAAUGGCAGCAUCUCCCCCGGCAACGAGACCUUCGAGAUCGACGCCAAGGUGGAGGAAGAGUGCCUCAAGAUUUAUCCAGCCCAGCCGUUACCCGCCGCAGAAGACGUGCACCUGUCCAACUUCACACUGCAGUUCAAACGGUUGCUGGAGGUGAAUGUGUACUUCACUCUGAAGGCCAUUAAUCUGCAGACGGUGCAGCACCACGAGCUUCCUGACUGCUACGACUUCAGCAUCGUAAUCACCUUUAACAACCGCGCCCACAGCGGCCGGAUCAGAGUGGACCUGGACAAUGACGUGGACAUCAACGAGUGCCGAGACUGGAAAGUCACGGGAGCCUCUCCUAAGAACAUCUACUACACAGUGCUGUUCGAUGUGGUGAUCAUUCUCACGUGUCUGGCGUCUCUGGUCCUGUGCACGCGCUCCGUGAGCACCGGAGUCCUGCUGCAGUUUGCGUACACCACCUUCUUCCUGAAGCAUUAUGGGAAGCGAGUGUGUUGGUCUGACCGGAUGGAGUUUAUUAACGGCUGGUACAUCCUCAUCAUCAUUAGCGACGUUCUCACCAUCACUGGCUCGGUGCUCAAAAUCGCCAUCCAAGUCAAGGCUUUGACGAGUUAUGACAUCUGCAGCAUCCUCCUGGGCACCGGCACCAUGCUGGUAUGGAUCGGCGUGCUGCGCUAUAUGGGCUACUUCAAGAAAUACAAUAUCCUGAUCAUCACCCUGAGAGCGGCGUUCCCCAACGUGAUCCGUUUCUGCUGCUGUGCAGCCAUGAUCUACCUCGGCUACUGCUUCUGCGGCUGGAUCGUCCUCGGACCCUACCACGAGAAGUUCCGUACCCUGAACACGGUGUCUGAGUGUCUGUUCUCCCUGAUCAACGGAGACGACAUGUUCACCACCUUUAAGAACAUGCAGCAGAAGAGCUACCUGGUGUGGCUGUUCAGUCGUGGUUACCUGUACACCUUCGUCUCGCUGUUCAUCUACAUGGUGCUCAGCCUCUUCAUCACCCUGAUCACCGACACCUACGAGACCAUCAAGCAGCAGCAGUUGGACGGAAAGCCCUUGUCUGAGCUCCAGGCCUUUAUAUCCGAGUGUAAAGAUCACCCGAACUCGGGCUGUUACCGUGUGGAGGAGCGAUCCUCUCCCUGCCUCUUCUGCUGCACUCGCAGGCUCAGUGACCUGCAUGAGAGUCUGGUGUGUUAAACACGGCCGUGAUGACGUCACAUCAAAAAGAAUUCCUCGUUACAGUUGAAUCUAAUUACAAGUAUAAUAUAAGCGUAAAGCACGAGAAGUCCACGAAGGAGUGUUCCCAGUGUUUCACACUCGCGGUGUUCCAGUAGGUCAGACUGAACAUGUCCCAGCACUCGCAGCUCACCAUUGUGAAUGUAUUCAGCGAUGUACAAAACGAUAAAUAAAUGUUACAUCAUGAAUUAAGCGUGCUUCCCACGGCCGUGCAGUCUACUUUAUACGCUUCAGGGUUUUUGAAAGAUUUCUUGCUGUUAAUAAAAUAAAAUGGUGGAUUUACGAAAUCGUCGGUGUUUGCUCUCUACAUGUGAAGGGAAGAAAUUUUAUUCAUAUUUCUAGUAUGGUUUUAAAUGAAGCUGAGAACUGUUAACAGCAUGACUGGUCAUUCGACCAAAUUCCCAAUACUGCUUGUAUUGAGUUUUAAUCAGAGCCACAGCGCAUGCGCGUACUGUACAUGAAGUACUCAGGCUGCUGCUGCUGCUAAUAAUAAUAUAUAUUAGUAAAGCUCAUAGUAGACUGCAUGUAGCCCUAAAAUCCCCAAUCUGCAGAAAAAAAUACAGUAAGUUGACAAAAAUAAAAAUUACAUGUGCAUUACAUGUGGGAAAUGUAAUGUUUCUGACUUUUCUUUAUGAAUGCAGAAACACGGCUUGAUGCUUGAUCUCACGAGGGGGAAAAUCGCAUAAAAUAUUGUUUCCUUAAUGAAAUAAAGUAUGUAUAUAUAUAUAUAUCUUCUGUGAGCCUUUUGUUUAAAUGUACCUGUAUUUAAUUACACAAAGCUGUAUUUGCAUAAAUAAAUGCUUUUUGUAUUCGA